GGUGAAAAAUAAAAUUCCUGUUAAUACUCGUUUAACAAAUAUCCACACGAAUAUAUCAUUCAUUUUCAACUUCUUAAUUCACUCAACUUCAUCUUUGAUAUAUAUGUUGUUUUGUUUCCUCUAAGUCGUUCUUUGGAAGAUCUAUCUACAGCUUCAGUUUGUUUCUUUGUUUGUUCCACACAAUAUAUUCAAGUAAUUUUCCUCUCUACAUAUUAGUAAACCCAUUUUACUCAUAUAGAGCUUCCUCUUUUCUGUUUUUAGUGGUUGGUACUCAAAUUUCAGUUUGUGUUUUUCUAACAAAGAUCUCAGUUUGUUUGUUCUCAUACUUUCAGAGACGCUUUAAGACUUGUGGCUUUAGAUUCAAUAUCAUGGCAGCAGAGUUGGUUGCUGGGGCAUUUUUUUCUACUUGCUUUCAAGUGAUUUUUGAAAAGUUGGGAGAAUUGUGCUUCAGAGAUUACUUAGGUGGUAAUAAACUUGACGAGCUGAAGAAAAAACUUGAUAUUAAACUCAACACUAUCAACCAUGUCUUGGAAGAAGCAGAGAUAAAGCAGUAUGAAAGCACACAUGUGAAGAACUGGGUUGAUGAACUUAAACAUGUUGUUUAUGAGGCAGACCAAAUUUUGGAUGAGAUUCAUACUGAUGCAAUGCUGAAUAAGAUGAAAGCUGAAUCUGAACCUGUUGUUACCACUAAUGUAUUGGGCUUCUUUUCAUCUACAAUGACAAAUCCAUAUGAAUAUAGGAUCAAUGAACUACUGGAGAAACUUGAAUUACUUGCAGAUCAAACGAAAAUGUUGGGAUUGGAAGAUGCACGUCUUUGUGGUAGUAAAGAUGGCCUAGUCAGUUGGAAACCAUCAAAAAGACCGUCAACUACAGCUCUUGUGGAUGAGUCAAGGAUAUAUGGUAGAGAUGUUCAUGAGGAAGAGCUUAUCAAAUUUUUACUUGAAGGCGGCGAUGACAGUGGCAACCAAGUUCCAAUAAUCAGCAUAGUUGGUUUAGGAGGGAUGGGGAAAACCACCCUUGCUAAGCUUGUGUACAAUGACAACAAGAUAAAGGAGCAUUUUGAUCUUAAAGCAUGGGUCUAUGUUUCAGAAUCUUUUAAUGAUGUUGGAGUCACCAAAGCAAUUCUCGAAUCAUUUGAGUUUUCAGCAAAUGGUGAAAACUUGAAUCUACUUCAACAUCAACUGCAACACAAACUAACAGGCAAAAAAUACUUGCUUGUUUUAGACGAUAUUUGGAACGGGAAUGCUGCAUGUUGGGAGGACUUACUACGUCCAUUUAAUCAUGGAUCUUCUGGAAGUAGGAUUAUUGUGACAACACGUGAAAAAGAGGUAGCAAAUGUCCUGAAUUCAAAGUUAUUUGAUUUACCACAAUUGGACAAAAGUGAUUGUUGGAGUUUAUUUGAGACACACGCAUUUCAAGGCAGGAAUAAGUGCGAAUAUCCAGAACUUGAAUUAAUUGGAAAGAAAAUAGUGAACAAGUGUGGAGGGUUGCCUUUAGCUGUAAAAACAUUGGGCCAACUCUUGCGAAGAAAAUUCUCUGAAUAUGAAUGGAGGAAGAUGUUAGCGACUGAUAUGGGGCGAUUAUCAGAUAAGAACAACAAAGUUAAUGCAGUGUUGAGAUUGAGUUACCACAGUCUCCCUUCCAUUCAAAAGCGUUGUUUUGCUUAUUGUUCUAUAUUUCCCAAAGGUUGGUGGUUUGACAAAGGUGAAUUAAUCAAUUUUUGGAUGGCAGAAGGUUUGUUGGACUGUGGAGAAGCAGACAAAAGUGAAGAAGAGUUGGGCAGUGAAAUUUUCAACGAUCUUGAGUCAAUUUCAUUUUUGCAACAAUCACUUCGUCGUACAAAAGGUUUUACACAUGCGCACUACUUUGUCAUGCAUGAUCUUGUCAUUGAUUUAGCAAAAUCAGUGUCAGGAGAAUUUUGUAAGGAAUUAGAGGGUGAUAGGGUGGAAGGUAGCCUUGAAAGGACACGUCACAUUUGGUGCUCUCUUCAAUUAAAUUGUGGUGAUAAAUUACUAGAGCCAAUAUGUGAAGUUAAGGGACUACGCAGUCUGAUACUAAAUGGCAACAGGACUAUGUUGAUAAGCAGCAAAGUGCAACAUGAUCUGUUUUCAAGUCUAACAUGUUUGCGGAUGUUAUCAUUUGCCUAUUGUCAUCUCUCAGAGCUAGUUGAUGAGAUAGGCAAUUUAAAACUUUUGCGCUAUCUAGACCUUUCUGACACGAAGAUUACAAGCCUACCUGAUACAAUCUUUACGUUGUAUAAUUUGCAAACCCUCUUGUUGCAAGGGUGUGAGUUGACAGAGCUCCCUUCAAAUUUUUCCAAGCUCAUUAAUUUACGUCAUCUUGAACUCCCUUAUUUAAUGAAGAUGCCAACGAAUAUGGGAAAGCUAAACAAUUUUCAAACAUUGACUUAUUUUAUUGUGGAGAAAAUUGUUCUUAAAGGCUGGGGUAAUGUCAAUGAUCAUGUAGAUGCUGCUGCAAAAUCCAAUUUGAAAGAUAAGAAGUACUUAGAAGAAUCAUAUAUGAUGUUUGAUGGUAGAAGAGAAGAGAUGGUUGAUUCAAUAGUUGAAUUUGAAAGAUAUGUGUCUGCGUUGGAGGCUCUUCAACCAAAUAGCAACUUCAAGAGGCUCACUGUUGAAUACUACAAAGAGAAUCAUAAAUCUUGUCCAAAUUGGCUAGGGAGUUGUCCUUUACCCAACAUAGUAUUUCUUAAACUACAGAGCUGUGGACUAAGUUUUCAUUUGCCGCCACUUGGUCAGCUUCCUUGGCUAAAAGAUCUUUACAUUUCUGGUUGUGAUGGAAUAAAGAUCAUUGGCGAAGAGUUUGUUUAUGACAAUAAUAAUAAUAAUUCAACAAGUCUUUCGUUCAGGUCUCUUGAAGUUUUGAGAUUUGAGCAGAUGGGCAAUUGGGAGGAAUGGUUAUGUCUUGAAGGGUUUCCUUUACUUAAAGAGCUUUAUAUAAGUGAAUGUCCCAAACUGAAAAGGGUUUCGCCUCAACACCAUCCUUCUUUACAAAUAUUGGAGAUAAGGGACUGCAACAAGUUGGAGGAAUUUUUAUGUCUUGAAGGAUCUCCUUUGCUUAAACAGAUUUCUAUAAGUGAAUGUGGCAAAUUGAAAAGGGCUCCCUUGCCUCAACACCUUCCUUCUUUACAAGAGUUGAAGAUUAGAUUUUGUGAAAUGCUGGAGGUAUCAAUUCCCAAGGGUGAUAGUAUCAUAGAGUUAGAUCUACAGAAAUGUGAUCGGAUUUUGGUAAAUGAUCAAUUGCCGACCAGCUUGAAAAGGCUUGUCCUUUGGGAAAAUCAGUACACCGAGUUUGUCGUGGAGCAAAAUUUAGGGAACAAUACCAUUCUUGAAGAGUUGAGGUUUAAUUUUAAAGGCUUUGUAAACUGUCCCUCUUUGGAUUUGCGUUGCCAUAAUUCUCUUCGUGGACUUGUAAUAAAAGGCUGGUGCUCCUCCUCUCUUCUCUUUGAACUACAUUUAUUCACCAAUCUUCAGUAUCUAUGGUUGUACGAUUCCCCGCAGCUGGAAUCACUUCCAAGGGGAGGUUUGCCUUCCAACUUGAGCGAACUUGUAAUAAGCAAUUGCCCUAAACUUAUUGCUUCCAGAGAGGAGUGGGGUUUGUUCAAACUCAAUUCUUUGAAAACAUUGAGAUUCAGUGAUGAGUUUGAAAACGUGGAGUCCUUCCCAGAGGAGAAUCUGCUGCCACCAACUCUUGAGUGUCUUCAUAUAAGAAAUGGUUCAAAGCUAAGAAUAAUAAACUACAAGAGUUUUCUCCACCUCAAUUCUCUCUACCAGCUAUUUAUUUGGAACUGCCCUAGUCUUGAGAGCUUGCCAAAGGAGGGUCUACCCAGCUCCCUUUAUUUCUUGUGGAUUAAAAAUUGUCCAUUAAUAAAGGACAAGUACCAAAAUGAGUAUGGUCACAUCCCUCAUGUGACCAUAGAAUGAUGAAAUUGAGCUGCAUAACUGAGAUGUUGCCGCCGCAG